AUGGCAUCGCGAACAAACGUUAAAAGCACUCAUAAGCCAUUGAUAACAAGAGUUCGGCCGUCACAACCGAAAGCAAACGAAAUAGUAUCAACUAACUCUACAGAGUCAACAACGUCUGAGCCAUUAUCGUCUUUGUCCACGGCAACAUUGAUUACAGAUUUGUCUGAUUCUUUCGCAGUAGCUACAAAAGCCAAGUAUGUCGAUCCAUACAUUCCUCGCUUAUAUUCAUCGAUUCCAGGAAUGUCUCGACCAACAACUGGCAGACAAGCAUCCUCCCCAGUAUUGAAAUUAGAUACUGGCAGACAAGCAUCCUCCCCAGUAUUGAAAUUAGAUACUGGCAGACAAGCAUCCUCCCCAGUAUUGAAAUUAAAUACUGGCAAAGAGACAGCUAAUACAAGUAAAAAAGCAACAUUUUACAGUAAAAUUUCUCUCCCAUAUAAAAUAAUCGGUGUCAUCGCACUACUCUUGAUCUUGUGUGCUGCCGUCAUUCCACCAGUCAUUCUAUUGACACGUAAAAGUUCGUCAACAGCGAAUACUACUAGUGCCUCGGUUUGUAGUGUUACAACUUGUAUCAAGUCAAUAACAUCAUUUCAUGAGAAUUCAAUUGCUUAUUGGCCAUUUGAUAGCACGACGACUGAUCGUAAUUCAUUAUACACUGGCCUGCCAUUCAACUCACCAACCUAUUCAGGCAGUCCAAUAAUUUCUGGUCAAUGCAUCCAGUUUGAUAGUACCGGUACUCAAUAUGUCAGCAUGCCAUUCAUCGAUCUCACUUACAAGAGUUUCACAAUUCAAGCUUGGAUUUAUCCACGAAGUAUCACCGGUGAGCAGGGAAUAUUUGGAGAGUGUGCAUCCACAUUACUAUCUGACCAAUGUCUUUCACUAAACAUAAAAAAUGGACAUUUACAUAUGAGUUUAAAUCUCGAUAAUGAAUUAUUUGGUUCUUCUGUACUAACUACAUCAAACUGGUAUCACGUUACUUUUGUCUACGAUUACUCUCUCCUUCAACAAUUUAUUUAUUAUAAUGGCGUUCUCGACGCAUCAUCAGCUUCACUCGGCGUUUCCGGUCCCUAUGUCGGAAGCACGGGUAGCUUUACGGUGGGUUACACCAACUAUUCAAACAGUUGGUAUUACGGUUUGGUAGACAAUCUGAUUAUUAGUAAUUACGCAAAAUCGAGUUGUCAAAUUUUGAAUGAUGCAACCCUGGCUGGUUACUAUUCAUUCGACUCGACGACUCAGUCUUAUCUUGACUAUGGCAUAAAUUUUAUUAAUGGUUUUACUUCUCCACAAACCACAAGUGUAACCGGUCGACUGAAUCAAGCACUUUUGUUCAAUUCAAGUAGUGCCUAUUUUAUAGCCCAAGUCUUCAGCAUACAUAAUUCAAAUCCACCAUUUACAGUCGCGUUUUGGAUGAGUCUAACGAGUAUCACUAGUGGAACAAUAAUACACGCAUCUCAAUUAUCAACUGGUGCUACUGCAGUUUGUUUUGAUCUGCUCGUUCUAACUUCGAGCGGAACUCUCGCUGCACAAACAUAUUAUACCUACAAUGGAAAUAACAUAACGACAAUUCAGACUUCGGUUUUGAAACUGAAUUCAUGGACACACGUAACAUUAUCCUAUUCUCAGCCAAAUGGUAUGAGAUUGUAUUUGAAUGGAGCAUUAAACGCCUAUACAACUGGUACUCUAUCAAUGAAUUAUUUUAAUACUCCACUUUUCCUAACUCUUGGUAACAGCAUGCCAGGAGGAGGUGUUCCAUCUGGUUGUUAUGUUGGUAGCGUUUCAAUAGCAUCGGGCCAACUUCUGGGUACUAUUGAUGAAUUAUAUGUCUAUUCUCGAGAACUCAACCAGUACGAAAUAUGUACAUUAGCUAAUCCAUGA